GAUCCCAUAAAAGAAAUCAGCCCCAGGCAGCGAUAGUGUCCUGCUGGAACCAACAGACAUGUCGGAAUUUCUGGAAGACCCGUCCGUGCUUACUAAAGACAAGCUUAAAAGUGCAUUGCUGGCCAAUAAUGUUGCUCUCCCGAACGGCGAUCAGCGAAAGGACGUGUACGUGCAGCUGUACUUAAAGAAUCUGACCGUGCAAAACAAAAAAAGUAGCGGCUCUCCAGAUGUCUUUUCCAGCGACGAGGAGCUUCCUCCAGCGCCCGUGGUCUCCAACAGGAGCCGCUCCGGCAGGAAAGCCACCAGGAAAACCGACAAAGUUCGUCCUGACGAUGUUGAUGUGACGGAGUUGAGCAAUGAGGGUUUGAAGGACCUGUUGCUAAAGUAUGGCCUGAAUGCUGGACCCAUUGUUGCAUCCACUAGGAAGGUGUAUGAGAAGCGGCUUCAGAAGCUGCUGGAUCAGGGUCCUCCUGUAGCUGUGGCUCUUCCCUCAGAGACGUCACAGACUGAUGGCAAUCAGAAUGGCAACAAUGAUUCAGACCAGUACAGCGACAGGGAGGAAGAACCCGUAGCUCCGGCCCCCGUGACUGUGCCUGAACCAGAAGUGGAGGCUGAACUGAUCCCUGUUGUGGAGAGACCAGUCAGGAGUCGAGGGAAAACACCAGUGACCAGCAGGACACGCAGUGGGCAACACACUAGGGAGGAUGUGGAGGAGGAGGACUGGCCCGUCUUGAAUGUUAAGAGAAAGUUGAAGAGAUCCUCUCACAGGCCGGAUCAGAUGGUUCCUGCCAGCGACGACACCGAGAACUCUGAGCUCUCGUCUGCAGAGUGUUUUGCAGUUUCCGAGGAUAGGAGAAGAACAGGACCUGGGGCAGGCAGGAGAGAGACCAGGCCUUUGCUUUCAGACAGGACAUCAAAACUCUCAUCCAAGAGUGAAUCGCUGAGACGCCGCAGUGCACCGGUCCGCUCAGUUCUGAAUGAGGCCUCAUCCUCUGACAAGGAUUUCUCUGAGCCCUCAAUAGUGAAGGAGGUGUCUGUUUCUCUGAUGAGGAUGAAAGUACAGCCUUUGACAGUGCCGAAGGAUCCCAAACCCUCUAAGCGCUACUCCAUGUCUGCAACAGAAUCAACAAAACGCCCAGUAUCCAGUCUGAACAACAAGCAUGAUGAGAAUACUGCUGACAUCCCCUCCCCUCCGCAUAGACAAUCCAGUCGAGAGCCACUAGUUUCUCUGAUUAAUACUGCUUGUGUUGAGGUGGAUGACCAGGGUAUGCAGGACGUCCUGAGCUGUAGAUCUGCAAAUGGUGGUCUUCUGGCCCAGGGUGUCAGAUCUGCUGCCGUAUCGAAGCUUUCAAAGCCUGUUUUGAGUCAGAGCAAACCUUCCAAACCCUUGGUAGACAUGAUGUGCUGUCUCUCGCCUUCCAGUGAUCGACAAAAAGAGGUUUUCCCAUCACAUUCACUUCCUUACAAGAACUUCUGUUUGGUUUCUGAGGACUCUCUUACUGUGUCAUGUGAACUUUCUCAGGAGAGCUGUGGUUCACCACAGACCCAUCCCAAAUCAAGACAUUCCAAAAUCACCCCUUUCCUCUCCCAAAUCACUCCUGUCCGAGGACUCGAUAACAAGCUGAUGGAUAUGAAGGAGACAAUGAUGGUUGAAAAGGUGUCAGCCAUUGAUCAGACCCCGAGGGCGGUGGAGAGAGACGUGCUUAAAGAAAUCUUCCCCACUGAAAACCUCAACACUCCCACUGGAAUCAGCGCGACCUGCCGUCGGCCAAUCAGAGGAGCAGCUGGUCGUCCCCUGAUCGACACAUGGCUCAACGAAUCCCGUCAGCGUCUUUCUGAUCUUAAACAAACCACCUCCUCCUCUUCGUUCUCCUCCACCUCGUCCUACACAGAGUCCAGAUCUGUUCCCCGCGUGUCCUCCAUCCCUCUGUCUGCCUCCAAGUCCACAGCGCCUCCUACAGUAAAGAGCAGAUCCCGCCGCAGUCUGCCGGUGUGGGUCCAGCUGGUCCUGCUGAGCGCCGUGGCCGGAUUCCUGUUCUUCAUCUACCAGGCCAUGGAGACUAAUGACGUGGGACUGUUCAAGCAGAGCGGCACAGAUGACAGUACCAGCAAAUAAAAAAAAUAAUAAUAGAAAAUACUUAACCAAUGCGCCCCUAUGGUGAUUCAGCAGCCAUUGACUUUAAACUGCGAACUUUAUAUAUUCAAGCAGUGACAGACACUCAUUUUCUCUACUUUUUGCUCUUCCAAAUGAACCGGUUUAGAGGAAUGAUUUUAAAACGGUCACUUUUCUUGCCUUUUGUAUGUCGAGUGAGCGAGUGUGUUUGUUUGUUUGUUUUCGUGGAUUAAUUGUUGGUGCUGUCCAUCAAUGGGAGUCAAAUUGAGUCAGAAGGAUUCGAAGAAAUACACUUUUUUUUUUUUUUUUUUGUGAACUACAUUUAACGUCUACUUGUGAGAGUAUUUUAUUUCUUUUGCAUUUAUUUUCCAUGUGUAGUUCUUCAGAAGACCAUAUUCAUCUUAAUGACCCUUGUGGUAUUUAUGUAUCUGUUGUUUAAAUACAACUAUUUUCAAUAAACUGUUUUGCAAUGUA